AUGGGCUUCCCUGCUCCCCAGGGGACCGGCCCUUUUCCCUACCCCAGGAAGCACCCUCUCUGGGCCCCUGGGAGGCUCUUCCUGGCCCUGGUGCUCCUGGUUUCCAUCAAGCAAGUUGCAGGAUCUCUUCUUGAGCGGACAACUCGGAAGUGGGCUCAGUACAAAGAGGAGUGUCUGAGAGGCUUACUCAAGGAACCUUCUGGCAUAUUCUGUAACGGAACGUUUGAUCAGUACGUGUGCUGGCCUCAUUCCCCUCCUGGAAAUGUCUCCGUUCCCUGCCCUUCGUACUUACCCUGGUGGGAUGAAGAGAGCCCAGGAAAAGCCUACAGACACUGCUUGGCUCAGGGGACUUGGCAGACGCUAGAGAACGCCACAGAUAUUUGGCAGAAUGAUUCCGAGUGCUCCGAGAACCACAGCUUCAAACAAAAUGUGGAUCAUUAUGGUUUGCUGUCAACAUUGCAGCUGAUGUACACCGUGGGAUACUGCUUCUCCCUUAUCUCCCUCUUCCUGGCUUUCACCCUCCUCUUGUUUCUUCGAAAACUUCACUGCACACGCAACUACAUCCACAUGAACUUGUUUGCUUCUUUCAUCCUGAGAGCCCUGGCUGUACUGGUGAAGGACGCCGUCUUCCACAACUCUUACUCCAAGAGGCCCGACAGCGAGGAUGGAUGGAUGUCCUAUCUGGCAGAGGUGUCCACUUCCUGCCGCUCAGUCCAGGUUCUCCUGCACUACUUCGUGGGUGCCAAUCACCUAUGGCUGCUGGUUGAAGGUCUUUACCUCCAUGCACUGCUGAAGCCCACAGUACUUCCUGAAAGGCGGUUAUGGCGCCGAUACCUGCUGGUGGGUUGGGCCUUCCCUGUGCUAUUUGUCGCCCCCUGGGGAAUUGCCCGUGCACACUUGGAGAACACAGGGUGCUGGGCCACCAACGGAAAUAAGAGCAUCUGGUGGAUCAUUCGAGGACCCAUCCUGCUUUGUGUAACGGUCAAUUUCUUCAUCUUCCUGAAAAUUCUCAAGCUUCUCAUUUCUAAGCUCAAAGCCCAUCAAACGUGCUUCAGAGAUUAUAAAUACAGAUUGGCAAAAUCAACACUUGUCCUCAUUUCUUUAUUGGGUGUUCACGAGAUCCUCUUCUCUUUCAUCACUGAUGAUCAAGUUCAAGGAUUUUCAAAACUCAUACGGCUUUUCCUUCAGUUGACAUUGAGUUCUUUCCACGGAUUCCUCGUGGCCUUGCAGUAUGGCUUUGCCAAUGGAGAGGUGAAGGCCGAGCUGCGGAAGCACUGGGUCCGCUUCUUGCUAGCCCGCCACUCAGGCUGCAGAGCCUGUGCCCUGGGGAAGAACUGCUGGUUCCAGGGGAGAUGUCCCAGGAAGCUGUCGGAGGGAGACAGCGCUGCGAAACUCCGCAAGCUGCAGCCCUCACUCGACAGGGGGCAGCUCCUGCACCUGGCCAUGCGGGGUCUGGGUGCCCGGCCCCGCCAGGGCCACACAGCCUGGCCCCGGGGCAGCAGCCUGUCCGAGUGCAGCGAGGGGGACUUCACCCAGGCCAACACCAUGGAAGAGAUUCUGGAAGAGAGCGUGAUCUAG